CUUUACAUCGUCACAAUACUCGGCGACCACAUCACCGACCAUGGACCCCAAAGCUCUUAACCAAAGCCUAUCUGCACCAACCUUGCGGCGGACCACAGACCCAAUCCGUCCUCGACCCAUCAUGCCCUGGGGUAGAGUGAUAGUAUAUGGUCUGUCGGCCGGGUUCUUAGGAGUUGCUGCUAUGACGGUUAGCGAAAAAGUCGAACAGUUUUUUACAGGCCGCCCCAACUCCUACGUGCCAGCCAAAACUCUCGCUAGGUUGCUUGGGGUCACUCCUCAAAGCGACCAGCAGUUGUGGGGUCUCAACAUGGCAAUGCAUUAUGGCCAAGGUGCAGCUGCUGCCGUGAUCAGAGCAGUUGCAAGUUACUCUUUGGGCAUGAGAGGGCCAUUCACCGACUUUAUGUUUAUGGGUGUUAGGCUGUUGAUUGACCAGACGCUGGAAAAUUGGACAGGCGUUGGAGCUUUGCCUUGGACCUGGCCGGUAGACGAGCAAGUCGUGGAUCUGCUGCACAAGGGCGUUUUUGCAUUUGCCACAGGGUAUUUGGUGGACUGGUGGAUUCAGUAACCGUGAGUUGGAUCUCGAGAUGCAGAUGAGCCAACCAGACAGAUGAUUUAGUGAGAAAAAAAUAAAGAUCCGCAAGCUUUUCCAAA